AUGCUGAUGGUGGGCCCGACCGCGAGGUCUAUUAGGGAAAUGUUGGUAGUCUGUGAGGCCUACGCCGCAUCGCACGGACUUAUAUACAAUGUAAAAAACUGUGAGUUCAUGAUCUUCAAGGCCGCUGGUAGGUGUCCAGAGACCUUUCCAUCGAUUACACUAAAUGGCAUGAGCGUAAAACAGGAGUUUCGUUUUAAAUACCUCGGACAUAUUCUUGCCGACGUCCUUAAAGACGAUGACGAUGUCGAGAGAGAGCGCAGGUCGUUGGCGAUACACGAGAAUAUGCUGGCCCGCAAGUUUGCCCGCUAUGCGGAUCACGGCAAAUAA